AUGGCUGGAAACCUUUGUGAUAACUUGGAAUGCCAAGAUGCCUUGGAAACAGCAGCCCGAGCUGAGGGCCUUUCCCUGGAUGCCUCCAUGCAUUCUCAGAUCAGAAUCCUGGAUGAGGAACAUCCCAAGGGAAAGUACCAUCAUAGCUUAAGUGCUCUGAAGCCCAUCCGGACCACUUCCAAACACCAGCACCCAGUGGACAAUGCUGGGCUCUUCUCCUGCAUGACUUUUUCUUGGCUUUCUCCUCUGGCCCGCAUGGCCCACAGGAAGGGGGAGCUCUCAAUGGAGGACGUGUGGUCUUUGUCCAAGUACGAGUCUUCCGAUGUGAACUGCAGAAGACUAGAGAGACUGUGGCAAGAAGAGCUGAACGAAGUUGGGCCAGACGCUGCUUCCCUCCGAAGGGUUGUGUGGAUCUUCUGCCGCACCAGGCUCAUCCUCUCCAUCGUGUGCCUGAUGAUCACGCAGCUGGCUGGCUUCAGUGGACCAGCCUUCGUGGUGAAACACCUCUUGGAAUACACCCAGGUCACAGAUUCUAACCUCAAGUACAGCUUGCUGUUAGUCCUGGGCCUCCUCCUGACGGAAGUCGUGCGCUCGUGGUCACUCGCGCUGACUUGGGCAUUGAAUUAUCGAACUGGUGUCCGCCUGCGGGGGGCCAUCCUAACCAUGGCAUUUAAGAAGAUCCUUAAGCUAAAGAACAUUAAAGAGAAGUCUGUGGGUGAGCUCAUCAACCUGUGCUCCAAUGACGGGCAGAGGAUGUUCGAAGCAGCCGCUGUGGGCAGCUUGUUGGCUGGAGGACCCAUUGUUGCCAUCUUAGGCAUGAUUUAUAACGUAAUUAUUCUAGGACCAACAGGCUUCCUAGGAUCAGCUGUUUUUAUCCUCUUUUAUCCAGCAAUGAUGUUUGUAUCACGGAUCACUGCGUAUUUCAGGAGAAAAUGUGUGACCACCACAGAUGAACGUGUCCAGAAGAUGAAUGAAGUCCUCACUUACAUUAAAUUUAUUAAAAUGUAUGCCUGGGUCAAAGCAUUUUCUCAAAUUGUUCAAAAAAUCCGAGAGGAGGAACGUCGGAUCUUGGAAAAAGCUGGGUACUUUCAGAGCAUCACUGUUGGAGUGGCUCCCAUUGUGAUGGUGAUUGCCAGUGUGGUGACCUUCUCUGUUCACAUGACCCUUGGCUUUGAUCUCACCGCAGCACAGGCUUUCACAGUGGUGACUGUCUUCAAUUCCAUGACUUUUGCUUUGAAAGUAACACCAUUCUCCGUAAAAUCCCUCUCGGAAGCAUCGGUUGCCGUUGACAGAUUUAAGAGUUUGUUUCUGAUGGAAGAGGUUCACAUGAUAAAGAAAAAACCAGCCAGCCCUCACAUCAAGAUAGAGGUGAAAAAUGCCACCUUGGCAUGGGACUCCUCCCACUCCAGUAUCCAGAACUCACCCAAGCUGACCCCCAAAACGAAAAAAGACAAGAGGGCUGCCAGGGGCAAGAAAGAGAAGGUGAGACCGCUGCAGCGCGCUGAGCAGCAGGCCGUCCUGGCAGAGCAGAAGGGCCACCUCCUCCUGGACAGUGAUGAGCGGCCCAGUCCCGAGGAGGACGAGGGCAAGCACAUCCACCUGGGGAGCCUCCGCCUGCAGAGGACACUGUACAGCAUCGACUUGGAAGUCGAGGAGGGUAAACUGGUUGGAAUCUGCGGCAGUGUGGGAAGUGGAAAAACCUCUCUCAUUUCAGCCAUUUUAGGCCAGAUGACACUUCUAGAGGGCAGCAUUGCAGUCAGUGGAACCUUCGCUUAUGUGGCCCAGCAGGCCUGGAUCCUCAAUGCCACUCUGAGAGACAACAUCCUCUUUGGGAAGGAAUUUGAUGAAGAAAGAUACAACUCUGUGCUGAACAGCUGCUGCCUGAGGCCUGACCUGGCCAUUCUUCCCAACAGUGACCUGACUGAGACAGUAUACAUGGGAUUCAACAGUGAAGAAGAUCCAGACAAGGAUCCUGAUCCAAUGGGGGCAGAGACAAAUGAACAGAGUGACAAGUGCCAGAAAGAGGAAAGUCCUCCUGUGCCUCUCUCUAGGUCAAAUUUGGAUCCCUUCAACCAGUACACUGAAGACCAGAUCUGGGAUGCCCUAGAAAGGACACACAUGAAAGAAUGUAUUGCUCAGCUACCUCUGAAACUUGAAUCUGAAGUGAUGGAGAAUGGGGAUAACUUCUCGGUGGGGGAACGGCAGCUCCUGUGCAUAGCAAGAGCCUUGCUCCGUCACUGUAAGAUUUUGAUUCUAGAUGAAGCCACAGCUGCCAUGGACACGGAGACAGACCUGCUAAUCCAGGAGACCAUCCGAGAAGCAUUUGCUGACUGCACCAUGUUGACGAUUGCCCAUCGCCUACAUACAGUCCUAGGCUCUGAUAGGAUUAUGGUGCUGGCCCAGGGACAGGUGGUGGAGUUCGACACCCCAUCAGUCCUUCUGUCCAAUGACAGCUCCCGGUUCUAUGCCAUGUUUGCCGCAGUGGAGAACAAGGUCGCUGUCAAGGGCUAACUCCUCCCCGCUGCUGGCUCUUUUCCUUGGAGCAUUGCCAUUCCCUGCCUAGGGCGGGCCCCUCAUCGCGUCCUCCUGCCGAAACCUUGCCUUUCCCAGUUUGAUCUUUCGCACAGCAGUUCAGGAUUGGCUUGUGUGUUUCAAUUUUAGGGAGAGUCCUAUUUUGAUUAUUGUAUUUAUUCCAUAUUCAUGUAAACAAAAUUUAGUUUUUGUUCUUAAUUGCACUCUAAAAGGUUCAGGGAACCGUUAUUAUAAAUGUAUCAGAGGCCUAUAAUGAAGCUUUAUACGUGUAGCUAUAUCUAUAUAUAAUUCUGUACAUAGCCUAUAUUUACAGUGAAAAUGUAAGCUGUUUAUUUUAUAUUAAAAUAAGCACUGUCCUGAUAACAGUGCGAAUUCCUUUCUAUCAUUUUUGUACAGUUUGCUGUACUAGAGAUCUGAUUUUGCUAUUAGAUUGUAGGAAGGGUAGCAUACUGGUGGUUUCACGGUGCCGGGUUCUCUGGGCGUCCAAAAGGAAGACGUGUGGCAAUAGCGGGCCGUCCGGGGGGGCCCCCUCUGCACCUCCUCACAGCCACACCCGGGCGACGGGGAGCGGAGGGGGCUGCCGGAGGCCGUGCAGAGCGCCGUGAAUUCUCAGGGCUCCUGCUUUCUGUCCUCUUGUCAUUCACUGUUUCUGCCAGGAGAGCAGCGGGGUACAGCCCCGGCCCCCUUUUCACUCCCUCCGUCAGGAAUGAGAGUCACAGAAGAACGUUCCUCGGACAGGGGGAGUCCCUUUCCUGCCUCCCUCUUUUUGCUGUUGUUUCUUAACCAGAAUCCCGUCCGUUCACAGACUGCUUCUGCCCCGGGUUUCCAGACGCGGGCCGCUGCACAGAGCUCUCCAGCCCUACACCUGCCGGCUCCGAGCCCCGGAGCAGCCGCUGCUCUCGUCAGUGGCACUUUGUCAUUUGCCUGGUCCCACGCCUCCACAGUUCAGUGACAGGGUUCCGGAGUUUGUGGGUCUGUUCUCUCCCGCUGCAGUUGUCACACAGUCUGUCUCUCUCCAAAGUCUGCGACUUUAAGCAGCUCUUGCUAAUCAGUGUCUCACACUGGUGUAGAAGUUUUUUGUACUGUAAAGAGACCUACCUCAGGUUGCUGAUUGCUGUGUGGUUCCGUGUGUUCCCGCAAACCCCCUUUGUGCUGUGGGACCAGUAGCUCGGGUGGGCGUGGUCGCUGCUGUCAUCCACCGAACGGUCAGCGUUGCAUGUCGUGACCAACUAGACAUUCUGUCGCCUUAGCAUGUUUGCUGAACACCUCGUGGAAGCAAAAAUCUGAAAAAGUGAAUAAAAUUAUUUUGGAUUUUGUAAAA